AGAAAGAGGAGGAGGAGGAGGAGGGGAAGCGGGCGGUGGCUGCCGGGCGCGCAUGGCGGCGGGGCCCGGCGGGGGUGGCAUGCUGCCCUUCCUGCGGCUGCUGGGGCAGCUCAAGAGGGUACCGCGGACAGGAUGGGUGUACAGGAACGUGGCAAAGCCAGAGAGCGUGUCAGAUCAUAUGUACAGGAUGGCAAUGAUGGCCUUGGUGACCGAGGACAAAAGCCUUAACAAGGACAGAUGCAUACGAUUGGCAUUGGUUCAUGAUAUGGCUGAAUGCAUUGUUGGAGACAUUGCUCCUGCAGACAAUGUUUCAAAAGAGGAGAAACACAGGAGAGAAGAGGCAGCUAUGCGACAACUGACCCAGCUUUUAUCAGAGGACCUCAAAAAAGAAAUUUAUGAACUCUGGGAGGAAUAUGAAAACCAGUGUACUGCAGAAGCCAAGUUUGUAAAACAGUUGGAUCAGUGUGAAAUGAUUCUGCAGGCGCUUGAGUAUGAAGAGCUGGAAAACACUCCUGGCAGACUGCAGGAUUUUUAUGAUUCAACUGCUGGAAAGUUUGUUCACCCAGAAAUACUCCAGCUUGUAUCUCUGAUUAACACAGAAAGGAAUAAAAAAAUAGCUGCUACAUGUCAUCCACAUUCCUGAGGUGUUCCUAAACACUGUAACUGCAUUAAAAUAUUUUUGUUUUA